UUGUCAAAAUUAGAAAAUUAACUUGAACAUUUCCAGUUGGAGCCAAAUUUUAUGCUGUUGCUAUUGAAUUGUCUGAAAUAUGUGUGAUACUGGUAAUUUAAUUGACCUAGGCAGCUGGGAUGAGCCAGCUAAAGAGGACACAGUGCUUGAGGAAAACGAGUCCAUGAUUGUGGAAUCCACUUGCUUCAAGGGACCCUACGAUCCUUUCGAUUCAGUCGCAAAAGAAGCCUGUAUCAAGGGCCAGCAUUAUAAUGACAAUAUGCUAAAAUAUGCAGACCAACAACUUAUGAACGAAACACCGCCAGAGGAUAUUAAUGGCUUAAGUCCGUCCCCUGUUGUAAGCAUCGGCAGAGAGCCCUUUCGUCAGCAGAGCUUGCAAAAGCAAAUGUUCAAGCUCAGUGCAUCAAGAUCAACUAGCCUAGAUACGCCGCCGCAUCAUUCUUCAAAAAUAUUUAAAAUGUGCGAGAACUUGCAAAUGCUUGCGGCCGAGUCGCCAGUAAAAUUUCAAGAGGAUGAAGCUAGUCCCAUAACUCCUAAUUCUGCGCCCAAUGUAUCGCCCUUAAGUGAUGACACGUGCUCCAACAAGGAGUUUGAGGAACGCUUAAAACAGCUGCGCAUAGCUAUGCUGGACACGCCCACGACAUCGUCACCUACAGAGCUCCACAACACGCCUGAAGAAAAAGAAGUGCUUAAGCCUUUGGCAAACGAUAUUCCUGGACUAUUGGAGCAACUAAGAGAAUUGGUUAAUGAGCAUGUGGACCACAGAAAGCGACAACUGUUUGAGCGUAUUAUAGUGGCUGUGGCCACAGCUAUAGAUGAGCAACCACAACAACAGCAGCACCAACAGUCGCUCACCAAGGACUUGCCGCAUAUAUAUACACGCCAAGCUACAUUUGAUCUGGAGCUGGAGCAGAAGUCCAAGACAGCUGACGUUGAUAGUCAGUUGCUGCUGCCACCGCCGCACAGCAAAGUGGAUAAGCAGCCAGAUUUGAUGACAUGCUCUUCGGCAACCUAUGACACUGAGCCUGUGGUACAAGACAAGCCUAUAAGCCCCAUUAAGCCAAGCAAAUCGGAUGCUUUUGUCACCGAGUUGGCAAAUGAUAACUUGGCCCUACAAAUCAAUGAGCUGAUCGAGCGUCACAAUCUAGCCAGGCUUACCGGUGGUCAUGAGCAUGCGACGGAGAACAAUGAGAACAAGCCGACGGUUAUACUGGUAGUCAACUCGACAGGCGCAAAUGCACUGCCCAGCUGCAUGGUACAUCCUUCAAAAGCAAAGGAGUUAAGCGAAAGUGCCAGCAGCAUGCGUCGCAGGUCCUCAUCGCUCUCCAUACACGACAAGGCCAAGGCCAAGGCCAAGGAUGCCAAACAGGCUGCCAACGAGGCACAUGCCAGAGAAUCUGCUGCGCUAAGGGAGCUAUCCAUUGUGCACGACAAAUCUAAUACCAUGGCUGCUUUUCGGCAGCGUCGCAACUCGUUCUCCAUAGGCAGCAGUGCUACGCAGCAGCCAAGUGCGAAGCGUUUUGAGCAGAGUCGUUUGCGCAGCAGAGCUUCAAUUAUCACCGAGGCCAUACCGGUGAAACGUGUAGUGCCCAUUGUCAAAUCCUCACUUGCAUCGCCCACUGAAACAGCAGCGGCGCGUUGUAACAUACCAGAUACACCGAUGCCAUCCAGAUCAAAGAUCACUGGCAAGCUCUUUGCAACCAGCACGCCCAUGCCUCAAAUGCGCGCACAACAGCGACGCUCGCUUAAGCCAGUGAACAGCUAUGCAAACAACUCUUGCGUUGCCACGCCCACUGUGCGCGCUGGCAAUUAUUUGAAGAAGUCUAGCAGCUAGUUAGAAUUUAACUUUUUAU